AUGGACGGGGGAACAGAAGGUAGCUACGGGUAUACAGUUCCUCCUCAACCUCCUCCAGAGCCCAUCGAACGGCCCCCGACUCCACCACCUCCUCCACCCGUCGACCAUCGCUUACCUCCUCCGCCACCCCCAGAUAUCCCAGCUCCUCCUCCACCCCCAGACUCCCUUGCACCUCCGCCGCCGCCCCCUCCAGAGCCUAAGAAAAAGAAGGGAUGGGGCGCACCGAAAACGGCGACUCCUCUGAGUGUUGAGGAAUUGAUCCGGAAAAAGAAAGAGGCGGAUGAGGCAGCUUCAAAACCUAAAUUUCUAAGCAAAGCGCAGAGAGAAAAGAUUGCGUUGGAAAAACGAAUGAAAGAAGUAGACAGUGGUCGCCGCGCAAAGACACAGACGAAUGGCAGUUCGGGGUCAGAUUCAAGAACUCCAGGCCUGGAAUCAAAUGGAUACUCGUCGUCUUCCACCUCUAGACUAGGCGACUCUGGCAAGGGUGAUGAUUCAAGACAAAUCCCCACAGGCCCUCGUGCGCUGAGGCACGAAGCACCUACUGGGCCAGCGGCCAUGCGAUCAUCAAAUUCACAGAAAGGAAACGACACAAUAACACAAGGCCCUCCAGCAUCCAGUUUGGGCAACAAGGGAGAGAAACGUACUUUGCCGGAGGACACUCAGGUGCAACUCAUAAAACAGAGAUACAUGGGCGCAGACCAGAGAUCUAGCUUCUCAGCGAAGAAAAAGCGACGGCGAACUACGGAAAGGAAAUUCAAUUUUGAAUGGAAUGCAGAGGAAGAUACAAGCCCGGACUACAACCCCCUCUAUCAAAACCGCUCGGAAGCGAACUUUUUUGGCCGUGGUCGAUUAGCUGGUUUUGCUGACGAAGUUGCCGACGACACCGUGAAAAGAUAUGCUAGAGCUUUGGAAGAUAGAGAUCUUGAAGCCGGGAGUGUUCGAGCAAGGGAAAUACUGGAGAUGGAAAGACGCAGAAAGGAAGAAAGCGGGAGAAAUGCCAUUGAUGCCCAUUGGAGUGAGAAGAAACUGGAACACAUGCGAGAACGAGAUUGGCGAAUUUUCAAGGAAGAUUUCAACAUCAGCACAAAAGGAGGCAGCUUGCCGAACCCAAUGCGUGCAUGGUCUGAGUCGAAUCUUCCGAAGCGGCUUCUUGAUAUCAUUGACUCGGUGGGGUAUAAAGAACCGUCGCCUAUUCAGCGAGUUGCUAUACCAAUUGCAUUACAGAAUAGAGAUCUCAUUGGUGUUGCUGUCACCGGUUCCGGUAAAACCGCAGCGUUCCUUCUCCCACUUCUUGUCUAUAUCUCUUCCCUUCCGCGACUAGACGAAUUUGAAUGGCGACGGAACGAUGGCCCUUAUGCUAUCAUUCUAGCACCAACCCGUGAACUUGCGCAACAGAUUGAGAUAGAAGCCAUGAAGUUUGCUGCACCUCUCAAUUUUAACGUCGUCAGUAUCGUGGGUGGUCACUCGCUUGAAGAACAGGCGUACAAUUUACGGAAUGGAGCUGAAAUUAUUAUCGCCACUCCAGGUCGAUUAGUCGACUGUAUCGAGAGACGAAUCCUCGUUCUCAGUCAAUGCUGCUAUGUCAUCAUGGACGAAGCAGACAGAAUGAUAGACCUCGGGUUCGAGGAACCGGUUAACAAGAUCCUUGAUGCACUACCAGUGUCAAAUGAGAAACCGGAUACCGAAGAAGCUGAGAACGCACAGGCAAUGAGCCAACAUAUUGGUGGUAAGGACCGAUACCGACAGACAAUGAUGUACACGGCUACUAUGCCCUCGGCUGUCGAAAGGAUAGCCAGAAAGUACCUCCGUCGCCCAGCAAUCGUUACGAUAGGUAACGUUGGAGAGGCAGUUGAUACCGUUGAGCAACGUGUCGAGUUCGUUGCGGGAGAAGAUAAGCGCAAGAAACGACUUGCUGAUAUUCUUACAUCGCGCGAAUAUCGUCCUCCAAUCAUUGUAUUCGUCAACAUCAAGCGAAACUGUGAUGCUGUUGCUAGGGAUAUCAAACAUAUGGGCUUCUCAGCCGUCACGCUACAUGGUUCCAAGACACAGGAACAAAGAGAGGCGGCACUUGCAUCCGUUCGUAACGGUUCGACAGAUGUGUUAGUUGCUACAGAUCUUGCUGGUCGUGGUAUUGAUGUUCCAGACAGUUAUACCCAUCGUAUUGGAAGAACUGGUCGUGCAGGGAAGAGUGGUGUUGCUAUCACUUUCCUGGGAAAUGAAGAUAACGAUGUUUUGUAUGAUCUUAAACAAAUGCUUAUGAAAUCUUCCAUAUCGAGAGUACCGGAGGAAUUGCGCAAACAUGAAGCUGCUCAGUCUAAGCCAGUGAGAGGAAUGGGCGCAGCCGGCCAGAAGAAGAUCGAAGAAAGUUCCGGAUUUGCAGGCAAGGGCGGUGGUAAUGGGUGGUAA